UCUACUAUGACAAAGUGUUUGUUUUGUGAAAACAGUAGAUUGCUUCCUGAUAACAUGUGUCAUAUAAACAACUGUGUUGCAUAUGAUUACAAUGGGCGAUGUUUAGCAUGUGCUAAAAAUUACUUACUCAAUACAAGUGGAUUUUGUGAAAUAUCUAUUAAUUGUUUAUAUGGGUAUGAUAAUAAUUGUUUAAAAUGUGCAAAAGAUUACAUUUUAAACAAUGGAAGUUGUGUACUUAAACAAGAGAAUUGUUUAAUUACAGAUGGUGUAUUGUGUAGAAAAUGUGGAUCUGGUGUUAUUUUUGGAAAGUGUGACAUAUGUUCUUCAGGUUGUAUUCAUUGCGAUGGAACAAGUAAAAACGAAUGUAUUGUAUGUGCCACGAAUUAUAUAUUAGUUAAUGGGUAUUGCAACAAAAUUGAAAAUGGAAUGACAAACAACAAAGAAAUGAUUUCGUGCAACAACAAUUUGUAUAUUGACGACAAUCAAUGCUACAUUUGCUCACAAAAAUAUAAUCAAGUUUAUUUGUGCGACAGACAAAAAAUUAUACAAUGUGAAGAAAGUUAUUAUAUCAAUGCAAAUGAAAAUUUGUGUAUUUCCACAACAUGUAACAACAACGAAACAAAUGAAGAAAACAAUUUGUGUUCAUCGACAAUAUCAAAUUGCAAACAUUCAAUAAAUUCAAAAUGUUUGGAAUGUGAAAGUGAAUAUUAUUUGGAUUCUAAUAAUAGCUGUGUUAUAUAUAAUAAUCUUAGUUAUGCACUUAACUGUGAAAUAUUUAAUCACUUCGGGUGUAUAAGAUGUGUGGAAGGAUAUUAUCUCGAGUCAAAUAAAACAUGUUCGAAAUGUGACACUUCGUUGUGUCAAACGUGUUAUUCUUUAACUUAUUGUUUGACAUGUUCUGUGAACAAGUUUCUCUCUGGACACCAAUGUAAAUCAAAUGAAAAUUUAAUUGGAAAAUGCAAUAAAUUUGUUACAAGUGGAGGAUGUAGUGAAUGUUUGGAAGGGUACUAUAAAAAUGGUUUAGACUGUUAUGAGUGUGACACUUCGUGUUCAACUUGUUUUUCAGCACCAACAAAAUGUCUUAAAUGUAAUUCAACAAACUUUAAAACGACUUCGGGAAGUUGUUUACCUCGUUCACUUUUAUAUGAAAGUUGUGAUGUGGAAAUCACUGAAAAUGGAUGCGAAAAAUGUAAAGAUGGAUAUUACUUAGUUGAUUCAAAUCAAUGUCAAAAGUGUGACAGUAAUUGUAAAACGUGUUAUUCAUUUGAUAUGUGUUUAACUUGUACAUCAGAUAAGAUAUUAGUCGAUUCAAAAUGUAAGAAUUACUCUUCAAUAAAUAAUUGUAAAGCUGUUUCGAAUUCCAAGUGUUCCAAAUGCACUUUUUGGUACACUCCAAGUGAAAAUGGCACAUUCUGUGUAAAGAAAGCCGUGUGGUGGGUUAUUCUCAUUAUAAUAGUAUUUACCAUUGCAAUCAUUGUUGGCGUUUUCUUGAUAUUUACAUGUUUAAUAAAAAGUUAUUUAAAGCACACAUAA